AGUUGCAAAUUUCAGCAAACAUCGACAGCAACGAAUAUUUAUCGAUUAGUUUAGUUUUUACCCCAGCUCUAGCAGCACAUGUGUGUUGUUGCUUGACAUCAAAAAUUUGUAGAUUCCACGUCGCUUUUCGCUCUUUGGAAAGGAAAGGAACGGUAGAAAGGCUAGGAAAUAGGACUUAGGACAGGAUCAGACAGGUCGAAGUUUCCACGAACAUUAAAAAGAAUCCACAGCAAAAUGCCCAACGAUACGGUGGUUAAGGUGCAGGAGUAUAAGGACUCACUGAUCCUCAAAGCGGAGCUGCUGAUCACCAAGCGCUUCCCGGAGAAGAUUGUCCAGCUAAACGAGCUGCUGGCCACGCCGAUGUUUAACGAGCGCAAUUUUGAUGAGGUGCACCAGGACCUGAACAUUCCGGCCCUGCCGCCAGUUUUGGUUAAGAACCACGAGGACAACCAAUCGGAGGAUGGCGACCACCCGCCAACCAAGCGCCAGCGCAAGGAUGUCCUCGUUUCCGGACAGCCGGUCCUGGCAUUGCCCACUGGAACUGUAACUUGUAACAAGCCGCUAUGUGAGAUGAUUAAAGUUGUCAAGCCCAUCAUCAGAACGCUGGUGGAAGAUUCAAAUCUACUCAAGAUGUGGAUCUCCUUUAUGAUACCCAAGAUCGAGGACGGCAACAACUUUGGCGUCUCCAUUCAAGAGGACACGCUGGCCGAGAUUCAGACAGUGGAAUCCGAGGCUGCCGCCUUCUUUGACCAGAUAUCGCGUUACUUCCUGUCGCGCGCUAAGGUGGUGUCCAAGGUGGCCAAGUAUCCGCACAUCGAUGAUUAUCGGCGCGCUGUCGUCGAGUUGGACGAGAAGGAGUACCUCAGCCUGUGGCUGGUCGUCUGCGAGGUGCGCAAUCGCUACUCCUCGCUUCACGACAUAGUUAUUAAGAACCUCGAAAAACUGAAGAAGCCGCGCUCCUCCAACACCGAAAGCCUCUAUUAGGUAUUCCCUAAGCCCAAGCCAGUACUUUUUUUUUUUCAUUAUCCUACUACUUUAUCAACAAACAGCCCGUAGAGCGGACGGUCAGAGGUUCUUGUGGCUACUCGAAAAAAAAAACUCAGCCUAUCCAUUUCGGUUAAAACUAAAGACAUUCAAAAUUAACAGCCCAUCAAGUUAAGAGCAGAGAAAAUCAUUAUAAGCAAUAGCUGUAGCAUAACUAUCGACUUUAUUGAUCCAUUUGUACUACGUCUAGAAUGUAAUGUUGAGUUUAGCGCAGAAUACAAGAAACCGAAGCUGUAUAGAUUCCACUAAUAGCUAUAGCUACAUAUACUUAUGAUUAAAUAAAUCGAACGUUGCCUCGUCGAUGUCGGCUCAGGGCAAGAAAAAUCAAGAAAACUCCAAAAAAACAAAAAAAAAACGAUUUAUUAGAAACACACGACCGAAAGAUGGAUCAACUGAGAAUUUGUAAUAAAAGAAAACCUUGUGACCUUUUGGCAGAGUA